AUGGAUUCUCGAAAGCAAUGUCAGUGUAAAGUGUUGUUGUUGGAUGGUACGGAUAUGAAUGUCAUAAUUUCGAAAAAUGCUGCUGGUCGAGAGUUAUAUGAUCAAGUAUUUUAUGCAUUGGAUUUAGAAGAACGAGAUUAUUUUGGUUUGCAAUUUAUGGAUCAUUAUCAUGUGCAGCAUUGGUUAGAUCCGAUAAAGCGAAUUAAUAAGCAAGUGCCAAUAGGCCCACCGUAUACAUUUCGAUUUCGAGUAAAAUUCUAUUCUUCAGAACCAAAUAACUUACGCGAGGAAUUAACAAGAUAUCAGUUCUUCCUACAACUGAAACAAGAUAUUCAGACGGGAAGAUUGGAAUGCCCCAAAGAUACAGCUAUUGAACUUGCUGCUCUCGCUCUACAAUCGGAACUUGGUGAUUACAAUUUAACGGAACACACACCUGCCCUAAUUUCGGAAUUCCGAUUUCAUCCUGAACAAGAUGAAGAAAUGGAAAUUGCUAUUUUGGAAAAAUUCAUCACUUGCCGAGGACAAUCACCAGCCACAGCUGAAAUAAAUUAUUUGAAUAAAGCAAAAUGGAUCGAGUUGUAUGGUGUUGAUAUGCAUACUGUUGAAGGAAAAGAUGGCAACUUAUAUAGUUUGGGUUUAACACCAACCGGUAUGGUGGUAUUUGAUGGUGCUCAAAAGAUUGGUUUAUUUUUAUGGGAAAAGAUUCAGAAACUUGAUUUCAAGAAUCGAAAAAUCACUCUUGUCGUUGAGGAGGAUGCUGAUCAAACCAGUGGACAAGUGCAGCUGCAUACAUUUGUGUUCAAUCUAUCGUCUCAUAAAGCUUGCAAGCAUUUAUGGAAAUGUGCAAUUGAACAUCACACAUUCUUUCGGCUAAAAUAUCACAAGCCACGAAUUGCUAAAGCAUCACAACUAUUCCGAUUGGGUAGCACAUUCCGGUAUAGAGGUCGAACGGAGUACGAAAAUGUACACAAAGAUGGUGGACGACUUUCUCGACGACAAUCAGCCACGUUUGAGAGACGACCAUCGCAACGAUACGGUCCAAGGCAGAGCCUGCUGAAUAAACGGAUACAAAUUCGGAAUGAUUUCAAAAAACAGGUUGGUGCUUCAGCAGGACUACCUGUACCUGAUCUUAUUUUUUCUCCUGAAGGAUCUGCUGCAAACAAUGAUAAGUGCAUUUUGAACAGUAAUGGUAUUGCAAGCAAUGAUGCUGCAGCCACAAUCAAAGGUUAUGCAAAUUCACCACAAAUCGGUACUUUAUUCAACAAGGAUACGACAUGUUACGAACAAAUUAGCAAUAUCAAAGAGCUUGAUAAGUCACCUUCUGCUUCAAGAAAGCAAUAUACUUCAGCAAAAGAAAGAAAUGAUUCAUUAGUGAUUUCAGAAUCUACACCUCGAUGUUUGGGAUCACCAGCAUCAGUAGCAUCAGCAACAGCCUCAACCCGAUCCGCAACUAAUCAUGUCACAAGAAUUGCUAUUAGCAACAAUAGCUCUCAAAUGGGUUGUGCUUCACCAGCGCGUAUUUCAUUGCAAGAUAUGUCAGCCACGCAUUGCCCUGUCAACAAUAGCACAUCACCACUGGGACAUGUUCCAUCUGUUUCGACUACUUCAAAUAUUCGACAGUCGCUUAUUCCAAGAAAUUUCUCGGAAAACAAUUCUUCAAUGAAAUCUUCCGGAUUGCCAAUCUCCAGUCCAGUUACUCCGGCAUCAACAUGUAAAAUUUCACCCAGCAAAAUAUAUACCGAAUCGAUGGUUUGUUCACCGAUUUCUUCGAUCAACAGAAAUUUGAACCAAACUUACGUAGUCUUACCGGAAAAAGAAGAUUUCCAAAAUUCCACUGUAAUCAAUGGACAUGCUCAUCCUACUGUAACCAACGAUUGUUCUUCAAUUCGACAUCCAUCCAUAACAAAUAGUCACCACGACAGGCUAUCGAAUAUUCCUGCUACGACCACUCCUGCUAUUCCUGCUACCGCGCCUUCAUCUUCUCAGAUAGUUAGAACUGACACUUUUACGAAAAAUGAUCGUAAGCUGUUUGAGAAAGCUGAAUACGAUAUCAGAUCUGAUGAAAGUAAUACAGUUUCUGCUAGCCGGUUACCGGAGCUACAAUCACGUAUACCGCAUUUGCGUACAGUAAAGUCUCCUAGCACAACUGCAAUGAAAAAAUCAUGUGUUCCUUCUGCAUCAGCAAUGCAAACGUCAACAGCGAAUUUGGAAUCUGUUGGAGCAGCUAGUGAUAAGACAUAUCGGUCUCGAUUACCGGUGAGAAGUGGUAACUCAGCAACAGCUUCUGAAAUUCAUGGGUCUAAAACUUCUACCUACGAUGAGAAGAUAUCACAGAGUCGGAUACCCAUAAUGGCUAGUAGUAUGCAUCGACCACAUCCUCAUACGCAAUUUACUGGCCAAAUGUAA